AUGCUUGGCCGCACGAGUCUAUCGCUCGCUCUUCUCCUCGCUACACUCAAAGCCUCCGUCAAUGCACAAGCCGUCAUCCAAGGCGUGCCAGCUCUACUGACGUGCAACGUCAUCACCUUUGUCACCAAAGGCGGCUCGCGACCGUUUACGUUCUACGUCAAAUCUGCAGACGAUGGUAGUACGCUCACUACAUUCCGACCGACUUACAGCAAUUUCGUAGGCUGGGAAGUCGAUCAAGCGCCGGGCACGAACCUCACUUUUCAGACUGUGGACUCGAAUGGAGACAUCUACUCGAGCGGCGAAGUCGAAGUUCUCAAAGGUGACAGUACAGACUGCCUGCACGAAGGCAAGGCAUUCGCAUCGCAUCAGAGCACAAAGAUCGCCAUCCUGGCUGUCGUCGUCUGCCUGCUUGGCAUCUUGCUGAUCUGCUUUGUCUUCAUAUCGUGCUUUGGCAAGAAGACGAAUAAUAUCAGCGAGCUCGCACUUUCGUCGCUCUCUGCUAUCAAGCGACCGCAGUCUGCACGUCGACCGACUUUUGCCAGUCAGCCCUCCUCAAGCUCCGCGACAAGUGUACAGCCUCACCCUUACCUCUUGCCGGAGCUUGAUGGCGAUCUCGGCUCCUCUGUCGGAUUGAGCAAGCUAGAAGAAGCACGCAUUGACCGACGCAGCACGAGCUCGCCUGCAGAAGGCCCGCCCGCCUAUCUCAAGAAUACGCUGGCGUGA